AUGAUGAAGAACUUUAUGAAACGCAUAUCGUCCACGGAGACUCUUAAUAGUAACGCUAAAAACAACAGCGCUCAUCCUCAUAACAAUGAACUGCUCGGGAAAACUAUUCAAGUGGAAGGGAAAAAGUUUCGAUUGGUGGAAGUGCUCUCCUCGUCGGGUGCAUCUGCGGUGGUGUAUAAAGCAAAAUUUGUUGAAGCUUCUUCUUCAACGACUUCUUCUUCUUCUGCUCUGCACGGCGCCGCGGAUAAUAAUAAUAAUAAUGCAAACCAAAGAGAGGACUUUUAUUGCGCGAUGAAAGUGUUAGAAUUACCGGAUGAUUCGACCUUUGUGAAAAAAGCGAAAACGGAAGUUUCCGUGCACAAAUCUCUAUCGAAGAACGCGCACGUGGUGACUUUAUUCGGCGCGGAAAUCCGAGUGGCGGACGAACGACGAGUCUCAUCGAGAGAACGCGCGUAUAGGAUGUGCAUGUGCAUGGAGUUGUGCGAUGGCGAUCUGUCCAUGAGAUCGUUUAGUAAUGAUAGUGAUAGUAAGGGUAGUGAUAGCACCAUUAGUAAAAAAGAGUUAGAGAAGAUCUUGGAACCGUUUUUGGCGGUGUGUGACGUGUUAAAAACAAUGCACGGGUCAAAGUUGUGUCAUUGGGACAUAAAACGCGAAAACGUUCUUUUUUCCAAGUCUGAGAAUCUCUAUAAAGUGUGCGAUUUCGGGUCGUGCGAGUUUGCGCCUGCGAGCGAGUACACGUACAAAGACGCGAACGAACGACACAGAAUCCAGGACGAUAUGAAAUCGAAAACGACGCCAGCGUACAGAGCUCCCGAGAUGUGGGAUUGUUGGAAGUUUCAAAAACCGCCUUCUUUGGCGGCAGAUCUGUGGGCGCUCGGUUGUUUUUUGCACGAGCUUGCGUACGACGAGUUGGCAUUUGGCGAUGCUUCAGAGGCUAUGCUGCGUUCGCUGAGUGGUAGGGGUGCGGGAAGUCGAAACGCUUCGGCGCUAUCCGCUACUCCAAACGGUAAAAAGUUCAGUAAAGAGCACGAGCGUGAGUUUCCUAGGCAAAUUCCCGGAAUAGACGCGUUAGUUCGCGACUUGUGUAAACUCGAUCCGGACGAUAGAAUCAGCGCGUCAGAGGCACAAAACAGAGCCUUGCGGUUGCUAUCAGACCUGAAUGAUUUUCCCAAGCAACGCGAAGAACAAAACUUGUCUGUAGUAACGACGACGACGACGAGAAGUGAAGAGAAGACACCGCCGGCGGAGUGGGUCGGUUUCGAGCCUUCUUCCACGGGCGGUUAUGCGAAUGAGGACCCGUUUUUAUCGAUGCCACCGCCGCCACCACGACUUCCAAAGGAUACGAAUACGCCCCCGAAUACCACCGGAAGUAAUGGUUCCUUAAUCGACGACACUUCAACCAGCGCAGUGAACAGUAUCGGCGCUGGGGAGGCAGAUGCGGGAGAAACGAAAAAGAUUCCAACAGAUGACGACGGUUCGCACACGAUUCGCGAGUUGAAAUUGCUCGCGAAAGUUGAACGGCUCGAGCGACGUAUUCAAGAGUACCAAACCCGCGAGCAAACGUUGAAAACAAAAUUGCAAUCGAGUCGAACGCAACUUGAACAAGAACGCGAGUGCCGACAAAAUUUGGAGAAGAAACUCGGAAUCUCCUCCUCGCUUUCAAAGAAUUCGAGCGGCUCGAGUUUGAACGAAAUGAAUCAUCUCCAAACGCCCGCGGCGACAACAAACGAACAGGGCGUGCAAACGAACCAUCACACCAACAAUAACAUGCAUCGAAGAGGAAGUCAUUCGCGAUCAGGCAGCGAUUUGAGCAUUUCGGGAUUACAAGCCGUCACGGCGCAGCACGGGAGCCCUCGCAGAAGCGGCAGCGGAUUGUCCUCCAAAUUAUCCGCUCUCGAAGAAAUGUCCAUCGAUAAUCUUUCAAAUCCGUAUGGGAGCAAAUCUAUGAAUACAUCGCGCGGCGGUAUCGUUGGUGGUGGUGGUGGUGGUGGUGGCAAACCGACUUUGAACCAUCGACGUGCGGUUUCUUUAGGCGGCGAGUUUGACUUACUGCAAGAGGCGAAGAAUCAAGGUAAAGGAGGUUUGUUCUCGCACGUCUUUAGAAUCCCGCCUUCAACGGUUAAAAACAAGUCCAUAGGUAUGGACAAACCGUACGGUUGA